UGUGUAGAGACCAUCACAUUCACACUUGUGAAUUAGAGCUUUGCUUAUUUCAUACAAACACGCCAAAAAAAAAAAAAUUGGUAUCGUUCAUAUUGACGAAUAUAUUAUACAAACAUUUCCUGAUAGCUGAGUUGAUCAAAACCUUCCAUCUUUUUUCAUGGCUUCCUCUUCAGCCCACCACCACUUUCUCCCCAACAUCCACGGCGGAGCCACGGCGGCGCCGCCUCCGACUCCAUCAACGACGCAACCGAACAACGCCCACUUCUCAUCGGCGGCGUCGGAGGCCUCCGCGGACGCACUCGCCGGCCUCCUCCACCGCCUCCCUCCGUCGCUCUCCCUUCCCAGCCGCCGCCGCUCUACCGCCCCCUCUUCCGCGUCUCUUCCUGCCGUGUCUCUCGCCGGAGACGGCGGAAGCAGCGAUGAUCUUCUCUCCGCCGCGACUGAGUCCGGCUACUUCGACCUGACGGACUGCGGUACGAUGAUCCCGAGUGAACUCGCUCACUCGGCCGAGUCGGACUCGCUAUCGCUCUUCGGACUUGGUGAAGAACAAAAGGAGACGUGGCUCCCGAAGGCCUGGCCGCUGGGUUACGAAGCCGUUGACGGAGAGGAGGCCGAGACGGGGUCGUUUUGCUUGGACGCGGACUGUUCGACCGAGCCUUCGAGCGAGUUGAAACUCACUUCUCUACGCGAGUUCACUCGGGCUCUGGGGGAAAUCGGUCUGAAGACGGUGGAGAAGUUAGCGAGUGCUGUCGGGUUCGAUAACCCGUUUGGACAUGACCCGACCCGGUUAUGCACCUUCAUGUGGAUUCACGAAGGAAUAUCCGGUGACAAACCGGCGAUCUCCGGCGGGUUUUACCCGUUCGUCGUCUGUUUACAGUACCAGAUAAGGGAACAGAAGUAUUGCUUGAUGACCGAGUCGGGUUGGGUGACCGUGGCGCCCCGAGUUGACUCGGUUCUUGUCACGCUCGGUGAUAUCGCUCAGGUGUGGAGUAACGGGAAGCUGAAGAAAGUUAGAUACAGACCGGUGGCAUGCUCGAGUCAAGGCGAAGGCGACGACGGACGAAGCAAACGCCUAACCAUGUCAUUGUUGUUGACACUUCCCAUGGAUUCUAGGGUUUCACCUCUGAUGCCCGGAAAAGACGACGGAGAUGAAGGGCUCGGGGAGGAGGAGGAAGAAGAAGACGGGGAGAAAAGGGUAUUUAGGUCAUUUUCGUUCGAGGAUUACGCAUGGAGAGUUUACAACGAACGUCUCUACUUCAAAGAUCCGCUCGACAGGUACCGCACAAGGCUUUAGAAGGACGGAGCUUUUAGGGCCAAGAGAAGUAUAUUGUUUUGAGAUUGUGUUGUGUUUUCUCGAGUGUUAUGUCGUGGAUUGUUGAUUUAUUUGUUCUAGUUUUGUUUUUUUAAUAUUGUGUUCUGUGUUAAAACCCUACAAAAUGGCAUGUUACAUCCGUUUGUGCUCAA